GUUGUGUGUCUCAGCUGGAAAAGCAGUCGAGGUUUUGAAAAAAGCGGAAUCCACAAUAACAAUAUGAGUCUCGGGGUGGCUAUACUGAUUCAUUUACUACUGUUGGUUGACAGGGCUUAUACUAAAAAAGGUGUCAAAUGUGGAGGAAUCCUCUCUGCUCCAUCGGGUAACAUUUCCAGUCCAAACUUUCCAGGUCUGUAUCCCUACAACAUUGACUGCGCCUGGCUGAUCGUGGUGGCCGAGGGUUCGUCUGUCCUCCUCACCUUCCACCAUUUUGAGCUGGAGUACCAUGCCAGCUGUGCUUAUGACUAUAUCAAAAUAUACAAUGGCAUAUCUGAGGACGAGGGGAACCUCCUUGGGAUAUUUUGCGGUGACAUUUCCCCACCUCAGUUUACCUCUUCUUGGAAUGUCAUGUCCAUUAUCUUCCAUUCAGACCGCCAUGUGGCCCACAGGGGCUUCAGCGUUGGCUACAGAAAAGGUGAAUGUCAACAGGUCCUGUCAGUUGUGAGCGGCAACUUCACCAGCCCAAAUUUCCCCAACAUCUACCCAAACAACAUUAACUGCCACUGGAGCAUCACCCUUGAAGCCGGGUACCGCAUCAAGCUCUACUUUCCUGUCAUGGACCUGGAGGGCCGCAACAGCCUGUCAGAUGAGUGCGACUAUGACUCUGUGUCUGUGUAUGAUGGGGACAGCCAGGCGGACGCCCUGAUGGGACGCUGGUGCGGCAGGGAGCAGCCUCCUUCUAUCAUCUCAAAGGGAAACCAGCUGCUAGUGGUCCUCAGCACAGACAGAAAUGAAGCUCACAGAGGCUUCUCCGCUUCUUAUCUAGGAGUGGUGCCUGUGAACGUGAGCUGCACUAGAUCAGAGUUUACCAUCCUGAUCCCUCAGCAGUCGUUACCUCAGCUGGACCGUGAGAGCAUCUACCUUGGAAACCCAACAUGUACAGCUCAGCUUACAACCACCUCAUACAAAAUACUGGCUCAGUUUGUCAACUGUGGAACGGCCAGUCAGAAACACCGGAACAUCACCAUGCUUGUGAACAAGCUCUACAUUGAUUUCUCAGAUGGAAAGCAGCAAAACGUGCAAGAAUACAAGGUGCAGUGCGACGCCUUACGGAAGGUCGCGUCUGUGUCCAUCAUUUCUGCAGAGGAGCGGCGGCUGGAGGAGCAGGCCCUGCAGACGGACAGUGACAGCAGCGCAUACGCUGUAGAACCACAGGCAGAACCCCAUGACUUGAGCGAUAUUGUCUUCAUCAGCAUCUGUGUUCUUGCUGUCAUCCUCAUGGUGAUAGCCAUUGUUUGGUUGGUGCUGCUUUAGUAGACAUCAUCAAUAGGUCCAGGUUUCAACAUACGCUCAUACAAAAAGGAAAAUACUAAAUUAAUGUUAACACUGCUUCCUAAACAAAGUUAUUUGUUUUUAAUACAUUUCCUCCUCUAACAACUUUUAAAACUGAUGAGGCCUGAAGGGUAAUAUGUAUUCAUUUCCAAAACUUUUCCAUGAAUAAUGCAAUAUUAAUGCUGUAAAGCAUUUCAAGUGUUCAGGAACUGCAUCCCACAUCUUGACUUGGUAUAUCUGCACUUAAACUGUACAAAACUGUACAAACUGAUGUUGUUAAAGUUAAUUCAAUUUUCCAACCAUUUAGCAAACAUUAGAGACAAAACUGAGAUUUCAAAAUAAUGUAUAUACAUCCACCAUUACAGAUUAUAAUGUAAAAUAAAACUAACCCCAAAUCAUCAUUUGGCCAUCAUCUUUCAUGGAUUUUUGGAAAACAAAACUUUUGAAAAUGUUACCCUUAAGUUAACAUUUCAUCUAAUCAUAAUAACCCAUUCUUCUACAGUUUUAGGGAGACUGAUGCCAGGUUUGGAUGUUUUCUGUGACAAAAACCUGCUCCUUAGUCCAGACAUAUAAACCAAUACCUUGUUUUCUUUUGUUAAAAAAAACAACGAAUCCUUGUUUCUUCAGUGUUGCUGUUACCAUACAAACCCCCUGGUCAGUUACAGUCCCUUCCUUUGGUAAAUCUGUUCCAUCAUUCAUUUGUUGAUCAAUAACUAUUACUGUGCCAUGAUGUAAAUAAUGAUCUGGACUGAAUCCUUUUAACCGUAAAACUGAUUAGAUCCUGUUUGACCUUCCUGAAAAAUAUGGCGUGAGGCUGAGAAAACAAAUAAGCAAAGAUUAAGAAGAUCAUCCUAAAGCCGCUUAACUUUAUUUCAGCUAAAUCAGAUUUUACAGUUAAUAGAUGUGAACUUAAUAAGAUUAAAUGCUGAAGUUCAAUAAAAAGAUGGUUCAUAGGCGUAAUAGGUACAUUUGUGUAAAUUUUUUCUAUCUGCCUUUUGUUUUCAUAUUUCCCAUUUUCACAUAUUUGUUUUUCCAUCUGAAAUUAUAUUAUGUGGAAAAAGUUUUUUUUUUUAUCAAAACAAAUAGUAAAGGGUUUGUGAACUUUUGGGCCACUGUUUUUAGUUUUUAUUUUUCAGGUGCAUAGUCAAACCAUGGAGAGGUUUGAUCUAUGCUAAUUCACCUCAAAUGAAUGGGUGUCUUUGAGAAACGUAUCAAAUCAGUCUAAAGUGUCACUAGUAUUUAGAUAUAAGUAAGCAGUAGAACUGUCUGUUAGCAUAACUGUGCUAAAUGAUUAAGAGGAUGAGCUGGUGAAUGUUCCUGCACUGUAACGAGCUCCUGCCAGGACCACACGCAAAAACAAAUGAUGCAAUAUUUGAAAGUAUAAAAUAUAUAUAGUUAUAAUCCAGCUAUAGUUGUUGACAUUUGUAUUUAAUGAAGUCUUUUUUUCAAUUCAGUUUAAAACCAAAACCAACAACAGAUGGUAAAGCAUGAUGUAAGCCAGAGCUAUGGUUUAAAUAUUUAAAUUUACACCCAUAAAAUGUAAAUGCGCUGAUGUGCCACAAUCUGUAAAAAGUUUUUGCAUUUUUAUGAACAAACUGAGAACAUGAUGAAGAGUAAAAACAAAAUAAAAUAUAAAAAAAAAAAA